ACGGCAAGCAACCACCAAGGUGGGAUCUCAGCAAAAUUUUCAUGCAUUGAGUCACGAUUAUAACCACAUAUAUGUCCAGAAGGGUCGUGAUGGAAGCUUCAGAAGCUCAACUACGGGAAAAGUCGCCGGUGCGAGCGUCUGCCGAAACAUCAACAACAGAUGCUACAGGAACAAAAGAUGAAGCUUUAGCACUAGCUGGCGACAGGGCUCGAGCAAUCGACCCGGCUCUCGAACGCCGAGUUGUCAGAAAGAUCGACCUCUUUCUAAUGCCACCAAUGGUCAUUGGAUAUGGACUCGUAUACUACGACAAAGCCAUCUUGGGAAGUGCAGCUCUAUUCGGGAUGACUACCGACUUGCAUCUUACGGUUGUUGAUCGCACGACUACUCCGCCAACGACGAGCACGGAUCGAUUGAGUUGGGCGACGAGUUUGUUCUACUUCGGAAUGCUUUGUGGGCUGUAUCCGAUGAGUUUUGCUUUACAGAAGUUCAAUAUCGGCAAGAUUCUUGGUCCGAUCGUUGUGCUUUGGGGCGGUAUUUGCAUGUUGACUGCGGCGGUCCAAGAUUGGCGUGGAUUGUUUGUGCAGAGAUUCGCUCUGGGCUUUGUGGAGAGUAUCAUCCCUACUGGCUUCUCUUGCAUUGUGUCUGGCUACUACACUCAGCGCGAGCAAACCUUCAGGCAAGCCUGGUGGUUUUCUGGAACUGGACUCUUCACCAUCAUCGGAAGUGCUUUGAACUAUGGCUUUGGUCAGAUCACUGGAGGCGACCUCACACGCUGGCAAUAUAUCUAUCUGCUUGCUGGAGCUCUGACCAUCAUCUUCGGUGGCUGGUGUUUUCUGGUUCCAAACUCGCCAGUAAGCGCUUGGUUCUUGACUCCCGAAGAGCGUAUUGUUGCUGUUGAGAGACUUCGCAAGGGUCAGACUGGAGUCCGCUGCAAGGAGAUCAAGAUGUAUCAGAUUAAGGAAGCGCUACUAGACAUCAAAGUCUACCUCGUCUUCAUCAUGAUGAUGUGCGCUUACACUGUCAAUGGUGCUGUCGCUGGCUUUGGACCUUUGAUCGUCAGCACGUUCGGCUGGAAUACUCUACAGUCCAUCCUCUUGCAAUUCCCUGUUGGAGGUAUCAGCUGGCUGGGUAUUCUACUUGCCGGAUUCAUACCUCUCUAUAUUCGAAACGUCAGAAUCAUCAUCCUGGUCAUCUGCUGUCUUCCGGUCAUCGCUGGUUGUGCUAUGAUCUGGAAAGCAGACUGGACUCACCAUGCCGCUGCGCCUGUAGUAGGCUACUCAAUCAUCGGCUUCUUCGGACCUGUGGUCUCGCUGAUCAUCGCACUGGGUAUGUCGAAUGUUGCCGGUGCGACGAAGAAGAGUUUCAUGAGUGCUGCAAUCUUUGUCGCAUACUGUGUCGGUAAUAUUGUUGGUCCGCAGCUUAUCAAGAGCGAGACUCGCCGUCAACACUACCCUGAGCUUUGGACUGGCUUAAUUAUCUUCUACUGCAUCACUAUUACUGCUUCCCUGACAUUGUCCUACGUUAUGUGGCGCGAAAACAAGCGAAGGGAUGGGCUUGACCUCAAUGAAGACGAUGCUGAUCGACUUGCCUUCCAGGACCUCACCGACAAGGAGAAUCUCCACUUCAGAUACGUUCUUUGAGGAACCACGGGACGGAUUUGUUUGUUCAAUGUCAUGAUGUGUAUUUCAUACCAAAGCAUCUACCUCUAUCU